AUGAACACCGCAACUAGCAGCAGCAACAGCAACAACCGCACGCAGCUCCUCCCCUCGCCUGCCACCCUUGCAGCCUGCUUUUUUCCAUGUUGCUUUCCUCGCUCGCGCGCCUCGUCGUCCAAGCAGCGCGCUGCUGCUGCACACAGCAGCAUAGGCGAUGACCAAGAGCGUACUCCGCUGCUCGGAGCCGAUGUCGGUGUGCCGACCCAUCUGGUAGCAGACGCACGCAGAACGAAGGGUGCAAAUGUACCAGGAUAUAGCUCCACGCAGGACAUGGCGCCAGCCGAGGCCGAUGCGCCAUUCAUGCCGCCGCCUCGGUCCGCGCAAGGCGCAGAUAAGGACCGCCUCAACGGCAUUAUUGGCGCUUUGCAAGGCAACUUCCUGCCCGUGCAGGCCUCAAAUGCAACCAGGCUCCUUCUCUCUGCCACCUCUCCGCCUCCGCCACCCCGGCAGUUCUCCGCCAGCGCGAACACAAAGUCGGCCCCCCCGCAUUACGCGCCGCACGGCCACGGCGCGCGCAGCUACGGCGGCGGCAGCAGCGGAGGCGGAGGCGCCAACCACCGCUCCUCGAUGCCCUCCUCGCGGUCCAGCUCGUUCGACCACCUGAUCUCCGUCACCCCUAUCUUCGCGCAAGAUUCGCAUGCCACCGAGGCAGGCGCAGGCAGCGACGGCGAGGAGUUGCUCGCGUCGCCGCUCAGCGCGGCGCCCAACUCAGUAGCUUCAGCGUCGACAAAGCCAUUCGCCGUCGUGCGCUCCAUUCGCCUCACCGCGCAGCAUUCCAUCAACGACCAGCGACCGGAUCCGACCCCACUUUCUUCGGCGAGCCGUCGCACAUCGGACGCCCGCUCGUCCGCAUCAGGUCAGAGCGCAGCGUACCGCUCGCCGGAGCAGUCUGUGCUGCUAUCUAAGCCGCCUGGAGCGAACACAAACGCGAGCGCAGCGACAGUGCUGGCGGCGGGUGGGAAAAGCAAGCGCAGCUCCAAGCUCAUACAGCUGUGGGGCAGUGAUAGCGGCGGUGAUGAUGGCGAGCCUGCUUCUGGGUCUACGAGAGGCGAUGACAACAAGGACGGAUUGCAGCUGCACCUAUCCGAAAGCACGCUGCACGGCCCAUCUUCAUCGUCAUCCGCGACGGCGCGCAGUCCUGCGUCUGCGGCAGCGGCGAAACCGACGCUGUCGAUCCUUUCUAUCGACGCCGACCCGGAGUCCGGCGCGCCCAUCACCUCCUCAUCUCCGCCCCCCGCUAUUUGCACCGCGAUGGGGAGCACGCACGCAGGCAAGGGCACAGGCCAGUUGACGCCGACAGCCGCAGCAGCACACGCGGCCGCGGCGGCGCUGUUGGUCCCGUCGAACGCAGCGCUGCAGAGCCUCAGCACGACAGCCGUCAGCGCCGAGCCGCCCGCCGCUGGCAGCGGGCCUGCUGCAGGCAAAGCGACGGGUGGAGCAGCAGCGGGGGCAGGCUCCAGUCCGAGCUGGGGCGCAAAGGCGGAUGGAGACGACUUGGAGGCCAAGCGCAGCCUGCGGCGCAAUAUCCGCGCGGGGCGCGCGAGUGCUAGUGCCCACGCCACUGUGGAACGAGUUCAGCAGGCGCCCCAGCAACAACGGCCUGCAUCGGCGUCAGAACCAAAGAGGCAGCCCAAGCCGAAGAGCGCUAGCGGCAGCGACGAGGCGGACGAGCUGCAGAAAGCGCUAGAGAAGCGCCUUUUUGCGAUCACCGCGACGCAGGGCCCGCUGAUGGAGACGUGGAACGAGAGCGAACACGGUGCAACCCCUGACGCCGCGGUCGAUGUCGGCCGCCUCGCUGCUAGCCCUCUCGGGCCUGUUGACUAA